CGUAAGAAAUAGCACCACUGCCCAAUAGCAUAGACAUCCAAUUUUACUAGGCCUGGCAUCUUUUUGUACCCUGACCAGUUAAAGUUGGUCUCCUCCCCCUUGUCUGCUUUCUUUCUGAUAGAACACUGACGCUGUCCUUCUUCAUCACACCGCAAUCUCAUCCUUCUCUUUCUUACAUCUCUUCUUCAUCGCUACCCUCCAACCAUUCACACAACGUAUAAACAUCAGUGUCAGUGUUCACUCUCCACACCAUCGUUCCACUUGCAGGAGAGUACAAAAGCACUUUCAGUCCUCGUUUAUACAUGAAUUUUGUGCCUAACUCUGCACGCCCGUCCUCAGGCAGUACUGAACCGCCGAUGCCUCAAUCCGAGGCCCCUCCUUUGGCCCAGAAUGUAACUCACAGUGCCGAGGCAUCAUCUUCGGCAGUGCCAGGGCCGCUGUCAGGAGUAGAGGUAGCAGACACAGAUACAAAAAUGGGCUGUUCAUCUACUCGAGAGGAUAGCAGCUCCCCUCGCCCUCCAUACCCGCUGCUGCCCAACAGCGCUCGGUGCUGUCGUAUCUGUCUUGAUGACGACCCACAUGGAUUGUACUCUCCCUGUCGGUGUCGAGGUUCGAUCAAGUUUGUGCACAGUCAUUGCCUGACCCGAUGGAGAAAGAGUCUUAUGGCCCAUGGCCGCGACGAGUCUGCAAAUUCCUGCACUAUGUGUGGGUUCAACUACGUGCUCAAGAAGAGGGCUCGUUUCUACGAACUGAUCUCCUAUAGAGGUAUCCGUGUCGCUAUCACGGUACUUUUCGUCCUCGCCAUGCUCUUCCCCUCAGGCUAUGUCAUGAAGGUGUGCGUCCUUCUUUCUGGGUACAGGGACUCUCCAGGAACAGCGCCCACGACAUAUCUUCAAUCGCUCAGUCAUAUUUCUUCCAACAUGGAUGAAAUGAAUGUCUUUCCAAUCUGCAAGGCCAACAGCAAUAGAUUAUCGUUUGGAAAGCGGGAGCCAACUCCAGCCCGUAUCGACAUAAAGGCAUCAGCAGCAGUAGAAGCAUCCAAAACUGGGGAUAAAGACAGCGUGAGCGCUACCACAUCCGGCCCUGCAAUGAUGUCUUCGCCCUCACACUUCAUUUCACUGUUCCCGGGACCAUAUGCGCCUCAUAUAUUCAACUCCAACAUGUUAACCGCUAGUCAGAAGGCCGAGUGUACCACUGCUCGCCCAUCCUCAGGCCAGGGUAGUGAGCAUGAAUCGACCUGCACGCAGAGCAGCAGGGAUCUGUCGCGUCAUGGAUCGUGGGCUCGAUUGGCAGCAAGCAUCGAUAUCAUGGGGUCUAGUCAGUUCGCCAGCAUGCUCCUCUACCCAUUUGCGAGCGACCGACUCUGGCACUUCCUUUUAUGUCGAUUGCAACAUCUUCACCUCGGUUUCUUCCUUUUGGGCUCUGCCAGCAACGUGUACAUGGCCUGCAAGAUGCUGUCGGAUAUGUAUGAUCUGAUCAUUACUCCGCCACAUUCUCGAUUCAUCAAGAAUAUCUUUUUGGUGCAGGCGUCGGUCUUUGUCCUCUGGUUCUGGUUCUCCUAUAACCUGAUGGCAUUUCGCGUUUCGACCACGGAGGAGGAGUUCAUGAGCGAGCUGCCUCUCUGGGCUCUGCGCUGGAUCAAUGUCGGUGUCGCUAUUGUGGAUCUCAGCUACAGGAGGAUCUACAAUCGACUGGGAAGACUGAAGGUCGAAGAAGAAUUGUUGGACAUCUCGGAUGUAGAAAAGGUUGAGGAGAUGCAGCAGAAGGCAUGGUUACAUCAGCAGCAAUGGUUCCUUCAGUUUGGUCAGGAACAAGGACAGUAUCUUUUGGGUCAAUUCAUGGCCCUCGAGGUCAAGCAGUCGAUCUUGAACGGCGCCAAUGCAGCGGUGGAUGUUGUCUCGGAUGUGUAUUCAAAGACCAGCAUCCCAUCUUUCCCGCCUAUUCCAAAUUCGCUGGCCUCCGCUGUCACCAUGCUGUCGACUUCUGCAGUGUCUGCAUCAUCGAUGACCAAUGACGAGCCAUCUGUAUCGACAAACGAACAGCACGCUCAAAUCCCCGAGGAGAAUAUAAAGGAUGAGAUGCCAAUUAGAUAAUAACUGCCCCAGCACCUCUAGUCGUUUUCUUUCGACGACUCUACUCCUGUACUAUACCGAUUUGUGUAAAAUAAAUUGUUCAAAGCCUUUCUUUUUCUCUC